AGCAACCGUCUGCAUCGCGCGCACUCUCGAAGCGAUUUAGAGCCCCACCAACCCUCGGAGGAGCAGCAGGAAGUAUUCUCCACCCAGCAGAGGCGCCACCAAGUCGCGUUCCGCAUCCCCAAAGGAUUCGCAUAAACAUUCCAAGGAAGCAGCAGCCAUGCCAGCGGUGCCAAUGAAAGCCUUUCUGGCUGGUGUUUUCUUGCUGGCCAAUGCCUGGCACAUCACAGCUGUAAAUGAGCAGCACCAGAAGCAUCAUCUGCAGUGCUGGCACUGCAGCUCGGACACCAUUGGGGCGGAGGACUUCUGCGAUGUGACCUUCCAGGAGGACAACAUUCCCACUGACCUGAUCAAGGAGCGGAACAUCAAUCUGCUGAGGAGCUGCAACAGCACCAUUAACUCCGAUCACGAACGGGCCGUUUGCCGCAAGACCGUGGAGGAAAAUAAUGGCAAGCUGGUCACCAAGCGGUUCUGCUACUACACCAACAAAUCAGAUCCCGUGGAGCUGUGCAACAUCACCAGUCCGGAGAAGAAUGUGCGGCGGAUAUUCUGCGAGGACUGCCUCACCGAUCGCUGCAACGGAGCCUUUGCGGGAGCAUCCAUUUUGCAGAUGCUGUUGCUUCUGCCCAUUGUGGCCCUGAUCCAACAGUUGGCCAUCUAAGCAAAAGAUCCC